AUGCCUCCCAUGACCAUUCAGCUACCUAAGCAGUUUCAGCUGCUUGAAAAAACUCUCAAAGAAGUCCAGAGCCUGAAAGAAAUAGUAAAUAAUUUGAAGAAAUCAUGUCAGGACUGCAAACUGCAGGCAGAUGACAAUCUGGAGAAGGACAAGGAUGAAGUGCCAGAUGGGGGCCAGGUCAAUCAAAUCCAAGAUCUGCAGUCUAAGGUUAAGAAAAUGUCAAUAAGUCUGAAGAACGCUCGAUCCCAAAUAACCACCUUGCAGGAUCAACUGGAGAAGAUGAACUCGGUCAGUAUGAACAGCGUGGAAGAUUAUAUCGACAGUAAAAUGGCCAAUUUAUCAAGAGAAAUAAACACAGAGGACAAAUGCUCAUACAACUGUCCACUACUUCAGCCAAAUCCAAGUAAGUCUGUUUGUAUGCAGCUCAUCUACAAAGACUGUUCUGAUUACUUCAAGCUAGGCAAAAGGCUUAAUGGCAUUUACCACAUCCUGCCAGAUCCAAAGAACAAAACAUUUGAAGUGUACUGUGAUAUGGAGUCCAUGGGUGGAGGAUGGACUCUGCUGCAGAAUCGUCAGGAUGGCAGCAUACAUUUUAACAGGACAUGGAACGAAUAUAAAAAUGGCUUUGGUAACCUUACUGGAGAGUUUUGGCUGGGUAAUGAUAAGAUACAUCUGUUGACCAAAAGCAGUAACAUGAUGCUAAGAGUAGAACUUGAGGACUUUAAGGGUGUGAAGGAAUAUGCAACAUAUGACCAGUUCUAUGUCGCCAAUGAAUAUCUUAAAUAUCGAUUGUCAGUCAGUGGCUACAGUGGAACAGCGGGUGAUGCCCUCCACUUCAGCAAACUGUACAACCAUGACCAAAAAUUCUUUACAACACCGGAUAAAGACAAUGACAGAUAUCCUUCAGGAAACUGUGGGGCUUACUACAGCUCUGGAUGGUGGUUUGAUGCAUGUAUGUCAGCAAAUCUUAAUGGUAAAUACUAUAAGAGUGACUACAAGGGAGUGCGUAAUGGAAUUUUUUGGGGUACAUGGAAAGGUGUGAAUGAUGAAAGCAUCAGCAGUUUUAGGCAAUCCUUCAAAACUGUUAGAAUGAUGAUCAGACCAAAAGACUUCUGA